CACCCACCGCAUCAUCGCGUUUCCCCCCCUCGUAAGGUAGUGUUCGCUUGAAGCAAAAAUCUUUUCUGAUCCUCCCCUGGGGCAAGUUCAUUCUUUUUGACCAGAGAUAGCAACAAUCACUUCCGUUCACCAUGAAACUCGUCUCGUCUCUAUCUUUCUUUGGCCUUCUUUUCGUCUCUGCGGUCGCUGCCAACGACCUCUGCACAACGGAAUCGUGUGUUUGGUAAGURAAAGAUUGACAGGGGUCAGGACAAUCGAUGCCGUCCAACGAUGGUUGGGCCGUUUCAAAUCUUCCUKACACUCUUCUUCUGGUGCUUCGUUUCUCUCGUAUCGUCUCGUUUUUCGCCAUCGCCUUYCAGCAAAACUACCGGMAGCUGCCCCGGAUACAUCARCGACUUUGAUAGGUAAGCACGGCGAACAGCGCAUUKCGACACGGCGCAGGAUUUUCCACCGAAAAACCCCUUGCGUGUUUUGUKUCUCAAACCGUUCGCCGCCGCUUCGUCCCCCCGAAAACACAACUUUGGUUCCGUCUGUCUGCAGCGUGGACUCGUCGUCGCUCGGCGAAUACGAGAUCUGCUUCGGAUCCGUUUCGGGCGGCAGCGUGGACUCGGACUCGGAGCUCUCGACCAUCACGAUCAACGGCGACACCCUGUCCCUGGACGACAUCGGCGACUGCAGCGACGAAAAGCCAGUCGCUCCACCGCCACCGGCCGMGACCAGCGCUCCGGUGGAAUCCACCGGGGAUUCCUCGGCGUCCCCUUCGGCCUUCCGCCCGGUGGUCCUCCUCGUCGCUGCGGCCGGUUCCGCUGCCUGGAUCACGGUCGGCGGCCUCGUGUAAGAAUUGAAUCUCUCUUUCCCCAGCUGUGUUCCCCAUCGGUUGGUUGCAACGAAUUUUGUCGUGAAAAUACAUUGAAAAUAAUUCUUCAGGUUUUUCAAGGAAUUGGGGAAAAACUAGAGGGAAUGAGUGAAAUUGGAUAGGGGAAAAUAAACCCCUAGUCAUCCA